AUGAAUUUUGGUGAACCCCCUCCAGAUGUUAUCGCGCGUUUGUAUAAUGAAAUAAAAGAGAAAAAAAUUCUUGAGCUUGACUGGAAAAGCCCUGGUAAAAAGAAUCCAACAAAGAAACUUAAGAAUACAGAGAAAAAUAUCAGUCCUAUGAAGUCAGAUGAAUCAACCAAUUCUAAACCUGAAGAUAAUAAAUUACUGAAUGAAAUUGAUGAAUUUGAUAAUGAUGAUGCAUUAACAUCGAAUAACAUAACUGUCUCAUCAUUUCGUUCAGCCGUUGGCAAACCAAAAACAACUGAAAAGCGACUCAUUGAUAUGAACACUGUUAUUGCUAAUAUUGAACGACAACAGCAAGAAGAUGAACGACUUCGACAAGGCAUGAAUAAUUCGUCGGUUGGCAAAUCUUAA